AUGCCCGCAUCAUCUGCCACUCCUGCUAAAAGCAGGCGGGUGCGGACAGGCUGCUUGACAUGCAGAGAAAGACAUCUCAAAUGCGAUGAAGGCACUCCAGAUUGCCUCAACUGUAAAAAGAGCAGUAGAGAAUGCAAACGUGGCGUGCGCUUAAACUUUAUCGACAUGACAUGCAAGGAACCUCCCUACAUUGCUCCCACGGAGGAAUGGUCAGUUCAAUUUGAAGAUGAAUCUCGCCUCAUCGCGUCUGAAUAUCAGGGUGGGCUCGGAAGAUAUGCGAGGUUGGAGCCGCCAAUUGUUACACCGCCUAGGGAACCAGAAUCAGCUGUAAUUCAACGCCAACCUAUCUCUGUUGAGAGUUCGGAUGGGCGAAUGUCGGGUGGCCAUGGGACACCUGCUGCAAUGCCGACACCACAGUCUCUAUAUUACACAGAUAGGGGCCAGCUACAUCCGGAUCAAUAUUCUAGUGGCAGCCACUCCAGAAAGAAUAGUGCUGCCUCAUUCAUGGCGCCUCCAAGUUCAUCACAUUCCGUUGGGUAUGCGAAUCUAACAUCAGAUUCUUUUGUGGUAGUAAAGGACGAACAUAACCGUCGCCUUUCGCAGGGCACUUACAUAAAUGGCAGUGACGCAUCUACUGCUGCGUCCAUUGCUGGUAUGACUGGGGCCGAAGCUCAGUCUCAGUUCGCCGAUCCACGGGCAGUAGGUGUUGAGCCCGGACCUAUACCCGAUACAGGGAUAAUGACACCUCCCAACGACAAGAGUGGCGAACGUGAAUAUCUCAACUCACCUGAAGAACUUGAGUUCAUGCAAGUGUUUGUCUCAGAGGUAGGCGUGUGGAUGGAUAGUUUGGAUAAGGAGAAGCAUUUCUCGAGACUGGUUCCGUACCACGCGCUGAAAUGUCCAAUGCUUCUCAAUGCGUUGCUCGCAUGCGGCGUGAAGCAGUUGACCUUAACACACCAGUACAGUGACGAUAAGGCUCUUUACUACUACGAUACGGCGACCACGCAGCUGUUACGAAGUUUACAAAAUCCCGAACGAAACACAUCUGAGUGUGCUGCUACGGCUGUGGUUUUGAACGUUUACGAAAUUAUGAGCGAGAAACCGGCACAGCGUAUGAGCCAUAUAGCCGGCGCGCGUGCCCUUAUUCGGGAGUGUGGAUGGAAUGCAAAGAGCACAGGGCUCGGUGCCGCUUGCUUCUGGUUGAACGUUGGCAUGGAACUGUUAUCCUGUCUCGCAUUUAACUGGCAAACGGCUUGGGAUCCUGAGCAAUGGGGCUUGGAUAUGGAUUUGACAACAGAGAAAGAGCAUGGCAAAGAGGAGAUUUGGGUUCACCGGAUAUUUUAUGUGGUGGCAAAGAUUGCCAAUUUUCGUGCCAGCAUUCCGAAAUUCCAGGAGCCAAGCCCGCAUGAUGAGCAGGUUCGUCUUCAGGCGCGAUUUGCUGAGUGGCGACGAUUGAAGAAUCUUUGCGACAACUGGAACAACUCUUGUCCAAGGCCGAUGCAUCCCUUUGGCUAUCUGUACCCAUUACAGCAACCUCAAGAUCCAUCUGGUCGACGGAAAUCACUCUUUCCGAAUGUUUGGCUCAUCAAACGUGCUGCCAUUGUAGGCCGUCUUUACUACCACACAGCUCAAUGUCUUCUCGCCCAAAUCAAUCCGAUAUUGCCCAAGGACACCGAGGAAUCUCGUGCCGUCCAACAACAUCACGCACAUCAAGUAUGCGGUAUUGUUGCGCAUACCAAAGAUCGCGGUGUAGCAUCCGUCUCGAUCCGCUCCCUUGCUAUCGUGGCAGAUGUGCUCGACAACCAUGAGGAGCGGCAGGAAGUCAUCUCCAUAUUAGAGAAGAUCGAGUCCGAAACUGGUUGGAGGCUUGCGGCGCUUCUGAAAAACCUCAAACGUGUUUGGGGUUGGGAGAAGAUGGCGGGAACCGGAUUGGCCGCACAAUUUCUCACGCAAGCGGCCAAAGUACAACAACAGCAGCAGCAGCCGCCCCCUCUUACACAGACGACAACACCACCAAAUGCGCAGAUGAUGCCCGGCAUGGAGAGGGCGCAGCAGACGCUUGCCGCACCCAGACCAAUAAGAAGUAUCAAUCCGCUAAGUUUCGCCGAUUUCAGCCUGCCAAAUCACCCAUAUCAAAAUUGGUACGAACCACCAACUCGGUCGGGCACUUUGAAUUCUACACAAGGCUUUCUAUAA